AUGUUACAGUGGCGAGUCCACCGGGAGGCGCGAGUGCUCCGCGUGAGGAAGCACCAACCCGCCCCCCGCCACCACCCGCGCCCCGCAACGGCACCCCUCCUAAACAAGGUGCCUUGACGAUCGUGCGCCGCUCCUCAAGCCGCAGUAAGGCAGAGAGUUGUCCAACGCCCACGGACGAACAGCUCGACUCUCUUGACUUAGACACUGAGCACUUGCCCGCCGUCGACACGCCCGAUGCAUGCGACAAGGCCGCCCUUAGAUUACGCUAUCUCCUAAGACAAUUGAAUAGGGGUGAAAUAUCCGCAGAGACUUUACAAAAGAACCUUCAGUAUGCUGCAAAAGUUCUUGAAGCUGUCUACAUUGAUGAGACCAAGAGGCUGGCUGACGAAGAUGACGAGCUGUCAGAAGUCCAACCUGAUGCUGUACCGCCUGAGGUCCGAGAGUGGCUGGCGUCCACCUUCACGCGACAACUGGCUACGGCGAAGCGAAAGUCUGACGAGAAACCUAAAUUCCGGUCCGUGGCUCACGCCAUCAGGGCAGGGAUUUUUGUGGACAGGAUCUACAGAAGGGUCACCAGCACAGCGCUGAUGCAGUUUCCUCAAGACGUCAUUAGAGUACUAAAGACAUUAGAUGAAUGGUCGUUCGACGUGUUUGCCCUGCAUGAGGCGUCAGGUGGAGCACCCGUCAAGUACCUUGGCUAUGAACUACUCAACAGAUAUGGAAUGAUACAUAAGUUUAAGGUCCCGCCGACGACGUUGGAGAACUUCCUCAACAGGAUAGAGGAAGGUUACUGCAAGUUCCACAACCCUUACCACAAUAACCUCCACGCAGCUGAUGUGGCGCAAACAGUUCAUUACAUGCUGUGUCAAACUGGACUGAUGAACUGGCUAUCAGACUUAGAAAUUUUCGCGACGCUGGUGGCGGCCGUGGUGCAUGACUACGAGCAUACAGGCACCACGAAUAAUUUCCACGUGAUGUCAGGAUCUGAUACCGCGUUGCUGUACAACGACCGGGCUGUCCUUGAGAACCACCAUAUUAGUGCUGCAUUCAGGCUGAUGCGCGACGAGGAAUGCAACUUACUGCAGAAUCUAUCCAGAGAGGAGUUCCGAGAGUUCCGAACCCUGGUUAUUGACAUGGUCCUGGCUACGGACAUGUCGUUCCACUUCCAGCAGCUGAAGAACAUGAGGUCGCUGCUCUCACUCGCUGAGCCCACCGUCGAUAAGUCCAAGGCUGCCUCCCUUAUUCUACACUGCUGUGAUAUCUCGCAUCCAGCCAAGAGGUGGGACCUGCAUCACAGAUGGACAAUGAGCCUCCUGGAUGAGUUCUUCCUUCAAGGAGACAAGGAGCGUGAUCUAGGGCUUCCAUUCAGUCCUCUUUGCGACAGAAACAACACGCUCGUGGCGGAGUCACAGAUUGGUUUCAUCGAGUUUAUCGUCGAGCCCAGCAUGGGAGUCUGCGCCGAUAUGCUUGAGUGCAUAUUGGGCCCUCUACAUUCCAGUAGCAAGAACUCCACCAGUUCUGCUGAACCUAUCAAUGAAGAGAGCACAGGUACGAAGGAUAGAAAUGAAAAUAGCAGCAAAUUCAAGAUCAGGAAGCCAUGGGUCGCGUGUCUCAGCGAUAACAAGAAGAUAUGGAAAGAGCAAGCUGCCAAAGAUGCUGAGGCACGCGCUAAACAGGAGGAGGAGAACAAUAGCGUCCCACCGACAACAGAGGAAUAAUAUUUAGCCACAUUUGUAAAUAGCGUUAGAUCUAGUUGUUGCAACAUGUUCUAUUCGUUGUUAAAGAAAAGCUAAAGCAUACUGUAAAAUAUACAUACGUGUGCCAGCUAUAUUAUAUGUUGCUAAUUUAUUAAAAUAAAAAUUGUUGUGUGUAACGCACAAAUACGACUUGGAAGCACAAUGCGAAAAGCCUGGAUGUAUAAAGUUUCUCUAUGUGGAAGACAACAUAGUGAGCUAAUUCGAACAGGCGACAUACCGCGCAGCGGUAACGCCAGUAGUGUAAAUGAUUCAUUAUUAUUAUUAUUCGCCGCUAAGACUCUAGCCUAGCCUAAUAAUAAGUCUAAUAAUGCUUUUAAGAUAUCUUAUUAUCAAGAUUCUAUUGCGGGAAAAUAGGACUACUACUAAACUUAUAAAAUUAUAAAAAAUUAUAAGGUCCUAGGACGUUACCCUGAGGAAUCCCUUUAACAUCUGGCUCGUAAUAGAAUCUUGUCUGUAUAUUUGAAGAUGUAUCGAUAGGUAACAAUAUUUUCUACUCAUAAAUGAAAUAAUUAUUGUGUAAAACUGUACUGAACUCAUUUCAAAUAUAGUUGUUAAGAGCUAAAUGUAACUGUAAGUAACUAUCAAAUGCUGGUGACGGAGCAAACAACAUUAAUUUAUGUAAUCAUAAACACAUGUGCACUUCUCUUCAAUCAAACACUUAACUGUAACUUAAAUGUAGCUUAAUAUUAGUGUUAAACUUAACCCAUAAUAUGAUGAAUACGCUUAUUAAUUUUAAUGUUUCCGAUUAAAUUGGAGUCUUGAUAUUCUUGACCAAAUGUUAUUUAAUAUGAAAUUAUUUUCUAAAUGAUAAUGCCAUUUCAAAUUCUAGUAAUAGGUAGAUAGUACAUUAGUAAAUCUUCAUGAAUACAGAUUAAGAUUUUUGUCUCUGUUAUAUACAACAUACCUAGCUAAGUAUAAUGUAGAAAAUCUCAAAUAUGUAUUGAAUUUCAAAGCUCGUGCUCAAACCGAUGGAGACGAACUGCUUUCUAUAAACAACAACUACCUAUUAGAUCUAUUAGACUGAAAGACAAAGGCGUCACAGCCCGAGGAAGAACAGGAAUACUUAGGUAGGCUAAGCGAGACUCGGUCUUAUGUCAGGCCCUUGUGGAGGACCCGAAGUAAAUGUACCGUCCUUCAACUAGAAUAUCUAUUGACGAACGGAGUUAAACAUUGAAUUUAUUAUUAUCAAAGAUAUUAAAGGAUUUCAGGCCAAGUGUGUACUCACCGAUGCCAAAUUUACAUCCGACAUUGGUACUGAAAAUACAUACACAUUUUUCUACUGUUACCAUAUAAAUGAAUGAGCACUCAGCAACAUUUCAAACAUAUAUCAGAGGCCUAGUUUUCCUGGUAGGUACGUGGGACCAUUCUCAUUGAAUAUCAAAUCAAAUGAAUCCAUAAUCAUGAUAAAUUAGGUCCCUAGGUGUAUGAUUUCAGGCAUGGUAAGGCUAGAUAUUUAAUCCAACUGGUGACGCUUAUUGUAGACAAAUUUAACAAUAGAUUUUUUUAUAUAUGUAUACUUAUGUAUAUUUAUAUUUAUCAUCUAUUUUAAUUAUUAUUAGAGAUUUAUUAAAUUCUGUAUAUUGUGCAUUUAGUGUACCUAUUAAUAGUUCAUAGGUACUAAUUAUUAAGAAUAAUCAAUAUAGAAAAAUACCUACUUAAUUUGAAAAUGUAGUCUAGUAAUGCCAUUCAGAUUGGGGAUAUAGCUUUAUAAAAUUGUAGAUUUUAGCAUACUGAGCCUUAUGUAAAUGAAUAUUAAUUGUUGUUUCUGUAUUAUAUAGCUUGGAGCAUAUGGCCCACUCUUGAUUAUUAUAAUCUCUCUCAGACUAGAAACCACUUUUUGUACAGUACUAUUGCUUUUAAAUGUGACAUUACGACAUUCCGAAUGUGUUUAGUAUUCAAUUGUCAAUGUAAUUAAGCUAUUUAAAGACCUAUACACUGCUAUGAUUUAAGAUAGUGAAGAAUAGAGAAUAUAAAAUAGUUACCUAUCCACAAUAGUAAUUAUAUUUUUCACCAAAAUGUUCUAAUGUGCUUCUACAUAAAAUAUUAAUGAUAUUUUACAUAAAAUAUUUAUAUAUUUGAAGUCAUUGAAAAUAAAAAUAAGUAUCCACUCAUAGUUAUAUACCUACCUAAAUACCUAUUAAUGUGUAAAGAGGUGUUAUUUACUAAAAAUAUUGACAUAUAAUUCCUUACAUUUUCUAUUAGUAUAUCCUACACAAAAAAGCAAGUAACAGUACCUAUAUUUAAAUGCAAGCGCUGAAUAUAAAUUUUCUAUAUGUAUUGUAAGUAUGCAAAUGUACCUACCUAUUUAUUAAAUGUUUUAUCUUAAAAAUCACAAUAAUUUUAUGUAAACAACAACAAAGAUCUUUGUAUGAAAUUGCAUUUUCUCUCUAAUAAAAUGAAAUCUCAAAAUCAAAUGGUUUUUUAUCGACUUGUCAGUCUUUUUCUACAUGUGUAUAUAUAUUUGUCCACCUUUUAGUUACAUGUAAAUUAUAUGUAAAAUAAAAUAAAGAUUUUCGUAGACGAAAUGUUUACUUUAAUACCCUUAGAUAGUUUAACAUGGGAAAUGCAUGUUCUUAUAUAUCUAAGAAAUAGAAAAAAUAUAAAAGUUGAAGCAGCGAAGAUCUUAUUCUUAAAGCAUUUAAUGUAAUGGGUAGCACUACUGAAGUAGCAGUGCAAAACUUAUUGUGGUCUAUUUUAAUAGUAAAAACUUAUUGCCAAACAUAAUUAAACUUAAAUACAAAAUUACUCACAUACUUUCAAAAAGCUUUCAACAAUUCGUGAUUGCAAAAACUAACCAGCUACAAUACAUGAUUUAGCAUUAACAUUAGCAGCUUACAAAAAUAUAUCUAUUUUAAAUGAAAAUAAAGAAUUGAUUACAAUAAUGACAUGAUUUCUGAUAUAAUCUAUGUGAAUGACAUAAAAUGAUGAACACACUGCCUCGCUGGUGAGUAUCUCAGUUUCCUAAAAGUAGAUGAUUAUAAAAAAAAAACCUUUAUCAACUAUCCUGCUAUAUUCAAUGCUAUCUCUUAGCUAUAUAUGAACAUUAUUAUACUUAGUACUACAGCUGUAUUACAUAGCAAAUCAUAUUUGCAAUUUAACAAUUAUAAAAGGCACAUUAAGCAAAUAUUCUAAACAUUUGACACAAAAUUCAUUAUUAAAAAAAUUAUCACAACUGAUUCAACUAAGGAUGUAUUUAUGAGUCUUGCCAAAUAUAUUAAGCUGAAUGCAUAAGCCUCGGACAUCUGACUUCUGUCUAUUACAAAUUAUUGUACCCUCUAUAACAUCUCCUUGCUUGACCUCUUUACAAUCUUUGAAGUAAAAAACAGUUUGUUUCCAAUGUGUUGGUGUCUUGUGAGGUCCAGUUGAGAAGUCUAUUGCAUUUGGCAGAUCAAAAAAGGUGUCAAAGUAACCAACAAUUGAGGUCAAAACACCAUCCUUGAUGAUAGGCAGUUUAAAUUCUGAGGUAAAGUCCAUGACAUCAGUUUUGCACUUGUUUAUAUCGAUAUCUUUGACAACACAAGGUUCAGAUAUAAUGAAUUUUGAUCUCACAACAUCAAUACUUGCUUCUCUCACAACUUCAGAUUUCAUGCAAUUCAUUUUGUAUCCAUAGACGUCUGACCAGUAGUCUAUAAGUUUCUUGUGUGUAUCUAUAUCGCCAUUAGCAACAAGACUUAUAUUGCACCUAUUUGGUAGCAGCAGUCCACCAGGUUUAAGACAAUGGUCUCUUGCAUAUAUGACACUAUCUAACAUACCUUCAAAUAGUAAAAAGUAUCCCAUCCACUCAGAAACUAUUAUGUCAACCUUUUCAUUUAAUUUUGUAUCCUCCAGUCUUCCUUUGACUAAUUUAAUAACAUCUUGCAAAUUGUUUUCUCUCACUAUAUCCAUAGCAUGAUAUAUUAUUUCAGAUUGAUCUAGAGCAUAGACCUUUUUAGCUCCAGCUGUUGCACAGAACAUUGAUAAGAUACCAGUACCACAUCCCAGAUCUAAAACAACCUUGUCUUUCAAUGUUUCUUUGUUAUUCAAUAUUGCAUCCCUAUAAGUUUCAGUUCGCACUUUGUCUGAAAGCAUGUCGUAAUGGAUACCGAAAUGAGCAUAAGUACUAAAGUAGCCAUCAUCAAUCUCCAGAGGUACACUCGCAACACAGUUUACUUCAGCUGGCACUUCAGUGUUGUUCUUAUUUCCACCUUCCACUAGUGUUUGCAUUGAGUUUUGCAUUUUUUUAAUAUCCUCCUUUGCAUUAUUCAGAAGUGUUGAACUCUCCGCUAGUUGUUGUGUCAAUAACUGUAUAGUUCUUUGAAGCUCACUGAAAUGUGCCUCAGAUAAAGUAACUAAACCAUUUUCUACAUUAGCAUGGUAGGUUUUUGGAGAACUUGGCUUAUCAGUGAGAGCAUCGAAAUCAUACAUUAGCCAAUCAUCUUGCUCUACAGGUUUAUAAUACUUGUCGUCGUCCCAAAGCACCCGGUUGACGUUUGUUAUAACCUCAGGAGCGGGUUUAUGUGUCCUAAUGUAAUUAAUCAGUUUAAUGUAUGAAUAGCAAUCCAUAUUGAACUUAAGUUUCAGUUCGUUCAAGUCAAACUUGUGAGCAGCUUUGCAAUGAGUGAUUCCUUCCUCAAUAUUCGACAAAACAUUCGAACAAAAUAAGCAUGUUACCGUAGUGUCGCUAGUUUCCAUUUCUUGCCAUUCGUCGUCCUCAAAAUUGUCCUCGUCGCUACUAAGAUCUGGUACGUCCGACAUUGUUUAGGUUUAUUAAUAAUACAAUAACUUUGGCGUAAUUAUAGUAUUUUCACGAUUCACUAAAUAAAGAUCCGCAAAAUAGGAACAUGUGAGGUUGAACUGUCAAAAUUCGACAUUGAUUUUUAU